GCAGAAAAAAAUCGCACUGGAUGGCUGGAACCGUUGCCUGGAAAUCAGACGCCCUGUGAACGCCAUCUUGGCUCUAAAGUCAGCAGAGCAUUAAGUGUGGGUCGUGCGCGCGGGGCCAUUUUGGCUCACCAGGUUCUUGGGCCACACAUUUGUGGAACUCGGAGCGACUGCCAGCAUCCGACUAACGGUGGACGUAACGUUUGAUGUGUUGGAGGCAAUUUGGGGGUUAAGAAGCACAUACGGCGUCUCCAUCGGCGUUGUGAUCGACCCAAAAGUGGAGAUUUUCUGCUUAGGUUGGGGGAGCGGAAUUUCCCAAAUGAUACUUUGGGUAGGGUAAACCGUCUGAGAUACUGGGCGUACACAGUGCAAUCAAGACAGGAGUCCACCGGCGAUUGCAUCGUCAGCUAGCCCAUUAACCUAGAAAGCUAAGCAUUUUGGACAGCUACGUUAGCGUGCGGUGGAGCUCAGCACCGUGGUCCGAACUGGAAGUCUGGUUGUUUUUUGAUGAUGGAGUCAAACACUUCCCACUACAAUUCGAUGCAAUAAUGCGGAUUCGAGUCAUGCAACUGUUUCCCUGCAAAGGAGGAAAAUCUCCAACCCUUGCGGUCUGGUCUGUGGUUCCUGUUGAGCUAGCCCGCUAGCUGGCUAGCCCACUCACCGGGAUACCAGGACAGUACCAGAGAAGGUGGGGCGGGCGAACUUGGACGCUUUUAUCUUCAUCCCAUUUGGGUCAUACGUUCUCCACUGCCUUUGAGCUGUCAUAGAAACACCUCCGUUAAUUAAGCGUGCAGAUCUUAAACUAUUGUGAAGCGUCUAUUUGUGGAGCUCCCCGCGUUUGCCUUUGGACCAUGGCGGACGACGACGUGCUUUUUGAAGAUGUCUACGAGUUAUGUGAGGUGAUUGGCAAGGGACCUUUCAGUGUGGUACGCCGCUGCAUUAACAGGGACACGGGCCAGCAGUUUGCUGUGAAGAUCGUCGAUGUGGCCAGCUUCACCUCCAGCCCCGGCCUCAGCACUGAAGAUCUGAAGAGAGAGGCCAGCAUCUGCCAUAUGCUGAAACAUGCGCACAUCGUGGAGUUGCUGGAAACUUACAGCUCAGAUGGCAUGCUUUACAUGGUGUUUGAAUUUAUGGAUGGAGCUGACCUCUGUUUUGAAAUUGUGAAGAGAGCUGACGCUGGGUUUGUGUACAGUGAGGCUGUGGCCAGCCAUUACAUGAGGCAAAUUUUGGAGGCACUUCGCUACUGCCACGACAACAAUGUAAUACACCGUGAUGUCAAGCCCCACUGUGUGUUACUGGCAUCCAAGGAGAACUCUGCUCCAGUCAAACUGGGAGGCUUUGGAGUGGCAAUACAACUGGGAGAGUCGGGCCUCGUUGCUGGAGGUCGUGUUGGCACUCCCCACUUCAUGGCUCCAGAAGUUGUCAAGAGAGAGCCGUACGGCAAGCCAGUGGAUGUGUGGGGAUGCGGGGUGAUUCUUUUCAUCCUCCUGUCUGGCUGCCUGCCUUUCUAUGGUACAAAGGAUCGCCUUUUUGAGGCUAUCAUCAAGGGAAAGUACAAGAUGAACCCACGGCAAUGGGCCCACAUCUCUGAGAGUGCCAAAGACCUGGUGAGACGCAUGUUAAUGCUGGACCCCGCAGAAAGGAUCACCGUUUACGAGGCUCUCAACCAUCCAUGGCUGAAGGAGAGGGACAGGUACGCCUACAAGAUCCACCUGCCUGAAACGGUGGAACAGCUGAGGAAAUUCAACGCCAGGAGGAAGCUGAAGGGUGCAGUGCUGGCUGCUGUGUCAAGCCACAAGUUUAAUUCGUACUACGGCGACCCUCCUGAGGAGCUCCAUGACUUUUCAGAUGACCCAACCUCCUCAGGACUGCUAGCUGCAGAAAGGGCAGUAUCGCAGGUAUUGGACAGUCUCGAGGAGAUUCACGCUUUGACAGACUGCAGCGAGAAAGAUAUGGAUUUUCUCCACAGUGUCUUCCAGGAUCAACAUCUCCACACCCUGUUAGAUUUGUACGACAAAAUCAACACCAGGUCGUCACCACAGAUUCGAAACCCUCCCAGUGAUGGAGUGCAAAGAGCCAAAGAGGUGCUGGAGACAGUCUCCUGCUAUCCAGACAACACGGAGGCCAAGGAGCUCAGAAGGAUCCUCACGCAACCACACUUCAUGGCUCUGCUCCAGACACAUGAUGUGGUAGCCCAUGAGGUUUACAGCGACGAGGCGCUCAGAGUAACCCCCCCACCCACAUCCCCUUACCUGAACGGAGACUCGCCAGACAGCGCCAACGGAGACAUGGACCUGGAGAACGUUACCAGAGUCCGCCUGGUGCAGUUUCAGAAGAACACGGAUGAGGCCAUGGGCAUUACGUUGAAAAUGAAUGAGCUCAACCAUUGCAUCGUGGCUCGAAUCAUGCAUGGUGGAAUGAUUCAUCGGCAAGGGACGUUGCAUGUCGGAGAUGAAAUCCGAGAGAUUAACGGCAUCAGUGUUGCCAAUCAAACUGUGGAACAGCUCCAAAAAAUGCUUAGAGAAAUGAGGGGAAGCAUCACAUUCAAGAUAGUACCCAGUUACCGGUCCCAGUCUAAGUCUUGUGAGAACGAGUCACCAGAUUUGCCUCAACAUUCGGCUGCUAAUGGUCACGCAAGUGUCACCAGCUCCAUCCUGGAUCUGCCAGCAACAAUUCAGCCCAAACCUCGACAGAUCUAUGUUCGUGCUCAGUUUGAGUAUGACCCGACAAAAGAUGACCUCAUACCUUGUAAGGAAGCAGGCAUUUGCUUCAGGGUGGGUGACAUCAUUCAGAUUAUCUCCAAGGAUGACCACAAUUGGUGGCAGGGAAAGCUUGAGAAUACCAAGAACGGUACGGCGGGCCUUAUCCCUUCCCCCGAGCUGCAGGAGUGGCGUGUGGCAUGUAUUGCUAUGGAGAAGACCAAGCAGGAGCAGCAAGCCAGUUGUACCUGGUUUGGCAAAAAGAAGAAACAGUAUAAAGACAAGUACUUGGCCAAGCACAAUGCAGUGUUUGAUCAACUAGAUCUGGUGACAUAUGAGGAAGUGGUCAAGCUCCCUUCCUUCAAGAGGAAAACGCUGGUUUUGCUUGGUGCGCACGGAGUUGGCAGGCGGCAUAUCAAGAACACGCUUAUCACGAAACAUCCAGAACGCUUUGCCUACCCCAUCCCUCACACGACUCGGCCUGCGAAGAAGGAUGAGGAAAAUGGAAAGAACUAUUACUUUGUAUCUCACGAGCAGAUGAUGCAGGACAUCAGCAACAAUGACUACCUGGAGUAUGGCAGUCACGAGGAUGCCAUGUACGGAACCAGGCUGGAGACUAUUCGUCAGAUUCACGCUCAGGGCAUGAUCUCCAUUCUUGAUGUUGAGCCACAGGCACUAAAGAUUCUCAGAACCGCCGAGUUUGCUCCCUACGUCGUCUUCAUCGCAGCUCCCACGAUCACACCAGGCCUGACGGAGGAUGACUCGCUGCAGCGGCUCCAGAAAGAGUCGGAGAUGCUUGAGCAGACGUACGCUCACUACUUUGACCAGACCAUCAUCAACAACGAGAUAGACGACACCUUGCGCCUGCUCGAGGAGUCUGUGGAGCUGGCGUGCAACACCCCUCAGUGGGUCCCUGUAUCCUGGGUGUACUGACAUCGUGACAGCAGAGGCUCGGCUUGCUGAGACGUUCAAAGCUCCUCCUGAAGGGACGUGUGAGGCCUGCGCAGACACCUGGAAUGUCGUACGAUCAAAAUCCCGUGUUUGUAGAUGAAGCUAUAAUUGGACAAGAAAUAACGGUGCCACCUCAUGAAGACUCCACUCUGGCCCUUUUUCCUCUUUCAAUGGCCUUGAAGGCCUUAACGUGUACAUAUAUACAUAUCUAUCUCAAAUGAUAUCAAUGCUAAAAGAUGUUAGAUGAAAGCUGUUUUGUCCUUACAUAGUUUAAGGCUGUGUGGGGUGUGGUCUAUAUUUUGUACAUUUCUUUUCAACGUAAUGGGUGACUGAUAACGCUGAGACGGCAAUAGUAAGUAUGCCUUGAAGCGGGUGCCGCGUGGGCCCUCAAAGGCACUCUUUGUGGAACCCAUGUGUUGAAAGCAGUUGAACUUUGAAGCACAUCAGAAGCUGCCAUAUGUGCACAAGUCAGUCGCCGGACACCAAACCCAACAAAAAGCACAGGAAACUUGGCAGUUUCGUUUUCCCAACCUCUUAUUUAUGCCACCAUUUUGUCCAAUGGAGCACGUGUCGCGUAGGCAACUCGCCUCUCGUAUCCCGUAACUUGUCUCUCCCAACCUCGCAUUUGUUUACAUCAGAAUUUGCACAAAAAGGACAAUGUAGAUCACAUUGUCGACUCACGCGUUUUGGUGUGCUCGUACGGAGCACCAUCGGUGACCCUGCAGGUACAACUAGCACGCAAGUGGAAGGCAAAAAGAUGAGGCAAAGUUGAAGUAAACUUUGCGAGAGACUUGGGGAAGAGGUUUGUAACAUCUAUGCACACCCCCAGUUUCUCUUGAGCAGAUCACCAAGGCCAUUUUUCCCCUCCACACUAACUGUUAUUAUUACUUGUGUGUCAGGAGUCAUGCCUGUGCUAUAGAAGAGGGUCAAACUUCACAUAGGUUGGACGUAUCAAAUGUUAGAGCCGAUGUUUUGGAACCGAACAGUUGUUUAUUUAAAAGAAGAAAAAAAACAAAGACAAGUAUUCUUGUUUUGAGAGUGAGUAAACAAGUCAAAAUUUUAUGUGUAAAUGUUUCAAUGGUGAGUAUGUCGUUUGCGUGAACAACAGAGAGCCAGUGUUUAAUAAUGUUGAAAAGAUGCUCAGUGAGUAACACGCGUCGCCAGAAGUAGCACAAUGCUUUCCCGUCACGAGUGACAUCGUCAUGAUUAUUUUUGAGUACAGUUGCUUUUGUGCCUCUUACAGUGUUCUCAUUUUAACUUGUGUAAAUGACUUCUGUCCAAAGCAGCUCUUGUGGAUGACAUGUUUUUUUUUGUUUUGUUAUUUCAUUUUGUAAAGAAAAAAAUACAUACAGUAUCUUGAAUUGAAUGCGUGAAAGCAAAGCGACUUGGUUUCCUUGUGGUUGUGGCUGUUUCGCAUUCCAUGUUGCUGAAAGAAACGGCUGCAAAUGUUGCUGUGCGUGAUCAAAUUUGAAUUCCCUCUCUGCUCCUUUUGUCAGUGGGGUGAAACACUGCCGUGAUCCAGGGAAGAUUGCACAGUCUUGUGGAGAAUAAAUCUUGAGUACGAAAGACAUUAUUUUACAAUUAUGGGUGUUGGCAUUUACAGAAUCUUAAAUAACAUGCAGUGGCAACACUUGCCCAUGCGAGGUAUCACAUCCUGCGUUCACACCGGACGUGUUUUUAACUACAGUAUUGGCACCAAAUGAUCCCACACAGAGAACAAUGCAGCGGUAGUGCAAAAGGGAAGUGGGCAAAGGGCAAGGCGGGUGUACCGAAAGCCCUGACAUUGUACUUUUUGCACAUGAUUACAUCUAAAGUUCUACCAAAAAAAAGUACACAAUACAAAACAAUACAUGUCAAUGUUAAAGCAAUGCCUGCUGUAAGAAAAUGUUAUUUCAAUAAAUGCAUAACAGCACAAAAUAUUUUAUUUAUUCGUUAAAAAUGGAUAAUAGAAAUGUCCUUUAGAAAAAAAAGUCCCCCCUUGCUCAAAUUAAGAAAAACCGAGCCAACAUGACAAAAUGGCAUGACAGCUGUGUAGCCAAAGCCAAUCAGAGGCCAGCAUUCUAGACAGCAAAUGAAAGACGAGCUAAACGUCCUGUGGCACUCCUGAGCUUUUCAAUCCAUUCUACAACAAAGACUUCAAAGAUGAGCGAAGGAGGUGGUUUAUUUUCUCAGCAUAUUUGCAUUUACUUCAUUUCACCUGUCGAGUGUAAUUUACGUGUACCAAGUAUGACUGUGCAGCGCACAAUAACCAACCACAGGUAAUACCAAUUCACCGAUUGUCUGAUUGAGCAGCGGCAUUUUUCUUCGAUCUACCGCAAAAAGAAAGGACACUUAUUUGACAGGAUGCAAAAUAUAUCAUCCAUCCAUCCAUUCUCUAAUCCGUUUAUCCUCAUAAGGGCGUGCUGGAGCCGAUCCCAGCUGUUUUCGGCGGGCUACACCCUGAACUGGUCACCAGCCAAUCACGCGGCACACCUUGACAAACAAAACAAUCACACCCAUGGACAAUUUAGAGCAGUGGUUCUUAACCUGUGUUCGAUCAAACCCCUGUCUCUGUCUCAGGGGUUGGACGCAGCGUCUGCCAUGGAGGUUCAGGCACACCCGACCCGGAGAAAGCCCCCACAGGUACGGGGGGGAACAGGCAAACUGCACAGGAUGGCCGGACCUGAAAUCUAAUCUUGCACCUCUGCAUUGUGAGGCGAAUGUACCGCCCCACUUAAUAUUGAUAUUAUUAUUAUAUUUUAUCAUUACUUGUUGAGUGCCCUGCUGGACCACAUGCUGCGCCCUAAUAACUGAUGGACUCUGCUCAUUGAGUCGUUUGUUCUGUGGUCAUGCAUUAAACGGAAGCAGAAACCAGCCAUGUGCUAUCCAGGCACUCAAGUGCCUCCAAGGAUGAUGAUUUUCCUCAAAGGCCUACAGUUUCCUGCCCUACGUAAAUAAUCUAUGCUAAUAGGGAGAAAGAAAUUAAAUUUGACGUUUGAAAAUGAAUAUAUAUGAAGCCAGCACAUGUCUGGGAAGCAGUCUUUGCAGGGGAAAAAAAACCCCUGAGGUUUUCCACUUUGUUGACUUUCUCCCAUUUUUUUCUGAUGCUGCGUUUCAAAAUAAAAGGCCUCUGCAUUUGUUA